CUUUCAAAUCUCUCUUCCCUGCUCAUUGCAGGGAAACCACCCCACCCCUUCUUGAAUCUCUUUUGUUCACCAUGGAAGUCAAAAACCAGAUCAAUGGUAGAGAAGAAGAGAUCAAGAACAAGAUGAAGAAGAAAAGAUCACGUGGCAUGCACGUGAUUGGUGUAGCUUUGUACAUGCUUCGCCGUCGUAGGAGGACAAAGCCGUUUAGAAAUGGGUUUUGGCGGCGAGUUGUUGAGUCCUUUCAGCAGUUGAAAAACGAUAAGAUUACCAUGCAGCCACCGUCUAAUAUUACGAUAAUGCCACCGGCUUCUCCGGUGAAGGAGAAACCUCCAGCGAGUAAUGACGAUCGGCUAUCAGAGAUGGUAGAGGUUUUCACGGCGACGUCUUCUUCUUGCUCUUCGGGAAUCUCCGGAUAUGGAUCGGCAAAGUCGUUGCGUGAUAUGGACUGUCUUGAUGAAGAUGAAGAUGAUGAUGAUGAUGAGGAUUGCUAUCGUGACGUUGAUGGAGGUGAUGAGAUGAUUGACGUGAAAGCGGAGGAGUUUAUUGAGAGAUUUUACGAGCAAAUGAGGAUGCAAAAUCAGGCUUAUACAGGACGUUGCAAAGGCAAAGGGACGAUGACGGUCUAGCGAUGAAGCAUAUUAUAUGACAUGAACGUAUGGUUUAUACAUGCAUAGAGAUGUGCAUGUUUAUCACACUGGAAGGUUCUUAGGGUAUGUCUUUGUCUUUAAUUAUAUCGAAACAUUUAAUCUGCAAGAAAACAUAUCAUCUAUUUGUUUAUUUUAUAAAUUUAAUUAGUGUGUUUGAGUGUUUCUAGUCGAUGGUUAAUUUGUACGAA